UUUUCCGAGGUGGACCAGGAAAGCGUUAAUGCGCUCCUCCAGGAUUACUUGGACAAUGCCAUAGAGGAGGAGGGUAACGAGCAGCCCUUUGUUGCUCCGGGCACACAAGCGGAGCGCGAUAGAAUAUGGACUGCCUGGACCGAUUUCUGUGGACUUACCAGAAAAAAGAGGAUGAGAUGGACAGCCACGGUACUCCCCAGAGCUGUCGUGGUCUCGACCCCUGCCGCUUCUGGGUGGACUUCGCUCGGGACCCAUCGGUCCCAAGUGUUCAAGCGCCAGUUCAGGCCUUUCUGCACAAAUUUGUGGAAAACUCCGUCAAGGAACGUGUCGUGUUAGGGCCGGAGGAGCGCGCCAUGGUCCGCACACUCAACUCUGCUUAUAGUGUCAUUGAGGUUUGGCGGAGGCUCGUCGCAGCGGCCGAUUUCAAGGUUCUCCGUGGCGGGCGGAAAGCGCUGCGGAAAAAGGAGAAAUACCUGGAGGCUGACCGGCUUUUUCUAAAGUGGGAACAAGAAGGCGAACGACGUGAGGGACCCGCCUAUCUAAUUGUCCAGUGGAUUCUCCUCAAACUGUCGCCAGCGCUCAACCUGGAGAUAAACACGUUGUACGUGAAGGUUGAAGCGACAGCAGCAGAUAUCAUCCUCAUUCUUCUCGCGCUAUAUCAGCGGGCUGAGGAUAUACCCGCUCCGCCACUUACGAGGGUGUCGUUCCACGCCGCCGUCCUUCUCGGCAGUACCGGCGGUUUCCGGCCAGGCAGCCUUAUGAACACCAAGUGUCGGCAGUAUACCCUGUCCGUCGUGAGCGACCCUGAUGAUAGGACCCAGACGAGGAUUAUUGUUACACCCAACAUCGGUCGGAACAAAGUCAAGACGACUCAAAUGACCUGUAAAUACAGGAAGCAAAAAUCCGUCGCCUACUCUACCACUCUCGUGCCUUAUCCUGUCCUCUGUUUGGCAAGCCUCGUGAUCGCCCGGGCGGUAGAGAUGGACGCUUUGGCAAUCAGCUUUGAAUCGGCCCACGACCUUCUCCACCGUCCAGUCCUUGGCAAGACCGACCGUAUCGACAUUCCCUGGAAGGAGGAAUUCCUGGACAAGCCUCUUUUCCCACUAGCAUACCCAGUGUUUUACGAACUAUGGAUGCGGUGCCUCCUUGUCAUAGGCUGCCGCAAGACUAUCCGCCCUUAUGCUCCUCGCACGUUACAUAGUCAACUAACACGCAUUGCAGAAAGCCUGUCAAGUGCCCUACGGAACUAUGUCAUGAGUCACUCAGGAGCCAUUUUCGAAAACGACUACCAAACAGGCGUCGUGAGACCUAAUCUCGCCGCAUUAGCGUAUGGGCCCAAAGCGGUGCGCCGGGAUGAAACGCUUUUCAACGACCUUCGCAAUAUGUCCCUUACACGGGACGAGGGUGCCCCGAUCUCGGUGUCAAAAGAACAGAUUUCGAAGUUCCGAGAACGAAGGGAUAUCGCCAAGUUCCGCGACGAGAUCCAGGCCUCAACCGACCAGGGUGAGAAGAAAAGGCUUCACAGGCAAAUCAGAACCACCAUCGAGACUUGCAUCAAGCUGCAGCUCGACGCAGAUCGACAGGCCUACUUCAAGGCGGCGGACCGGUUGCGUCUCCAGGGUCUUGAGCCGGAGCCAACACCCGGCGCGGGGGGUCCGGGUAUGGCGGCUCCGGUGGCCGCCCUUCUGUCUCGCCCAGGACCGCGAGAAGACGGCGAGUUGUUAACGGUCGGCACGAGCGUAUCGGAGCGGUAUAUUGAUGCGCAGCUGCUGCACCUCUCGUCUAUCGCACUCAGUGUACCACGGCUAGUUCCAAAGGCAGCGGCAGCUUCCAAGCCCCAGCGGGCACCGCGGGUUCCAGAGACAGCGGCAGCUUCCAAGCCGCAACGGGACUCCUGCUGUUUCGUCUGCUCCAAAGGCUUCACAACCGCUCUUGCUUUACGCGGCACUUCCGGAAUUCCCAUCUUGUUGACGGUACGUUUGACAAGCCUCUCGCUUGUCGCGAGUGCAAGCGCGCUGGGGCGACAGAGGUUAUCGUCCACGGCCCGGCACAGUGGUGCAAUCCCAUGGCCUCAUCCACACACCAAGCGUCAAUCCAGGUGCCAGCCCUCGGGAUCGUCCGUCAAAUUCGCCGUUGAUCUGUCUUCUAUGCGAGGCACCCAUGGCAUCUACGAGUACUCUCCUCGACCACAUGAACCGGACUGAGAUUCCUCGGUAUCGUAAGGGCCUUCCCGUCGUCUGUGGCGCUUGCACUCGUGAGGGCCGAGUUGACGUCAAACCCAUGAGCAUCUGGGAAUGGCUGACGCACGCUCGAUCCGUCCACAAGUGGUCUCUUCCCGGCGUGGAGCCGUGCCUUCUCUGCGGACAUCUCU